AUGGACUUUGCCACGACGCUGGUGGACCCGGCCGAGGGAGGCCCGUCGGCCCCCUUCCCGUCGGUAUUCACGCUGCCUGCGCGCGUGGUCCACGCGCCCGGCACCCCUGCCCCCGUGUCGGAGGUGGGCGAUGCUGCGGAGUCGAGUGCGACCGCCGCGCCAGCGCCUUCGGCCCGCGCUCGACGUGGUCUCCGCACUGGGGUCAUUCCCCCCUUCACCCACACCACCACCGACCGGCUGGUGGAUCUGUCAAUCGUGGUACCGGCCUACAAUGAGCAGGGCCGUCUGCCGGCCAUGAUGGAGCAGACUCUGCGUCAUUUGUUGCUGGCGGCCGGGGAGGACCCGGUCGAGGGGGCAUCGGCCGAGGAGCUUCGCGCGGCGCACGACACCCGCCGAGCCCUGGCCAAUGCGACGGCCUUCCUGCAGGGGGUUCCCUACUUUGUGGAGGCCGGGCCGGCUGGGCCUUCGCCUCGAUGCACUCCGCCCCCAGCGCAUGUGACUGUCUUCAAUCGGCGUGCGGCUGCUGAGCCGACUGCGCAGCCCGGGCGCCGGACGAAGCCCAUCUAUCGCCAUGCGCGUGCGGCCGAUGCCAGCACGGCGGCCGAGGCCGACCUCGCUGUGUCGGAUCUGCAUCUGACCAUGCCCAACAGCCAUGGCACGCAUGUCUUCUCCUUUGAGGUGGUGAUUGUUGAUGAUGGCAGUGCCGACGCCACGGCGCACGUUGCCCGGAGCUUGACGUCGGUAUACACGGCCGAUCGGGUGCGCCUGCUUCGGCUGCCGCGCAACGUCGGCAAGGGCGGCGCCGUGGCGGCCGGUGUGCUUCGGUCCCGUGGGCGGCUGAUCCUCUUCGCCGAUGCCGAUGGGGCCACCGACCUGCCGACCGCCCUGCCGCGCAUGGUGGACGCGUGUGUCGAGCAGCUGCGCGCGGCCGAGGACCCUGGCCAUGGCAUGGCCCUGGCGGUGGGCAGCCGGGCGGCCAGCGGGUCGGGCGAUGCGCGCGUCGAGCGCGCCCCCGUCCGGGCCUUCCUCCAGCAUGCCUUCCAGGCAUCCUUGGCAGCCAUCGGCGGUGUUGGCGGUGUCGCCGAUACCCAGUGCGGCUUCAAGCUGGCCACCCGGCCGGCCGCGCGUCUCCUUUACCCGCAGCUGCAUCUGGAGACUCCCGCCAGUCCCCAGCGUUCGCAGCAUUCGCAGCAUUUGCAGCAUUCACAGAUAAGCCUGGCCUCCCUGGCCAGCGAGCGCGCAACAGAGGACCGCGGAGCCGCACAAUGA